ACCCCCCGCCCUCGUCGAGUGAUGCCCAGAUGCCCCAAUGCCCAAAUGCUCAAAGUGAUGCUAAACCCACAAAACCCCAAGCCCUAGCUGCCACCCAGAAACAAAAAAACGUGAGUGAAUUCGAAAAAAACAGUUAAAAAAAAAAGAAAAAAGUGUUGUGUGCGUGUGAGACAUCAAGAUAUCAACGAUGGCCCCCAAAAUGGAGUAUAGCAAUCGAUGGACACUGAAAUAAUCCCCAGGAGUCGAGAGACCCCGAGGAAGCUUGGAAAGAGGUGAGAGGCACUUGGAUAAAGUUAAAAAAUGGAGGAUCACCUCCUGAUGACGGAGCUACCGCCACCAGGAACACUUCUGCACAGGUCUGGCCACUAUUAUCAGCUGCACCAGCCGCACCUGGCGGUCAGCACCAAUCCCUCAACUGUCCUGGAGACACCUGUGCCCUAUCCCCAUAAUAAAAAGCAUUGCAGUAACUACGGUAUCGCACGUCACCUGUCGGACCUCAGGACCAUCGAGAAUGUCACCACAAGUACUCAUAUAUCGAGUUUAUAUCCGGAGAUCCUCGCCCACAUCUUCAGCUACCUGUGUGUCAGGGACAAGGGAAGGGCUGCACAGGUGUGCGUCUCCUGGAGGGACGCAGCAUAUCACAGAUCCGUAUGGCGUGGUAUAGAGGCCCGCUUGCACCUGCGAAAGCAGGCACCAGCAGUAUUUGCAAGUCUGGUCCGACGAGGUGUAAAAAGAGUGCAGAUCCUGUCCCUGAGGCGGGGCCUAGGUGAUGUAGUGAAGGGUAUAACAAACCUCGAAUCCCUGAAUCUCUCCGGCUGCUACAACAUCACAGACACAGGCCUAACAAGUGCCAUUUGCACGGAAUACUCAUCGCUAACAGAGCUGAACCUGUCUCUGUGCAAGCAGGUGACUGACAAUUCCCUGGGUAGAAUUGCCCAGUACCUGAAGAACCUAGAGUCCCUGGAACUGGGUGGCUGCUGCAACAUCACGAACACAGGUCUGUUGUUGAUUGCCUGGGGCCUAAAAAAGCUGAAGAGACUCGACCUGAGGAGUUGCUGGCACAUCUCAGACGCUGGUAUAGGCCACCUGGCUGGAAUGAGCAGAGAGACAGCUGUUGGAAAUCUCGCCCUGGAGCACCUGGGUCUCCAGGACUGCCAGAGAGUCUCAGACGAGGCCCUCAAACACAUCUCCGUGGGCCUUACCUGUCUCAAAUCCACUAAUCUCUCGUUCUGCGUCUCGAUCACUGACUCUGGCCUCAAACACCUAGCGAAAAUGUCAAGUCUCAGAGAAGUUAAUCUCAGGUCCUGCGAUAACAUAUCUGACGUGGGAAUGGCGUACCUUGCAGAGGGUGGCAGCAGAAUAUCAUCCCUUGAUGUAUCUUUCUGCGAUAAAAUUGGGGAUCUUGCUCUUGUGUACAUAUCCCAGGGCCUUUUCAAUCUAAAAAGUCUGUCGUUGAGUGCUUGUCAGGUUAAUGACGAGGGUAUCUGCAAAAUUGCUAAGACUCUUCAUGAACUCGAGACUCUCAACGUCGGGCAGUGCAGUAGACUCACUGACAAGGCCCUUUUUACCAUUGGGGAGAGCAUGGGACAGUUAAAAUGCAUCGAUCUUUAUGGCUGCACAAAAAUCACAACCAGUGGACUUGAGGUCAUCAUGAAAAUGCCGCAGAUCACAACGUUGAAUCUGGGGCUCUGGCAUGUGAGGUGAUGAGGACGAUUGAGGGUUGUAUAUAGGAGCAGGGCUAUGGAUUUCUAAGGGAUUGUUGUUGAAUUUUUGAGAUCUUUUUGGGGCUCAAAUCCUCAAGAAAUGGUUGGAAUGAGAAUGAGAGGGGCAAUAGAAAAAUAUUCAUGGGACUCUCAGCCCCAAAAUAAAAUCCACGAAAUUUAUGAGAUUGUACUUACGAAUUGAGACUCGAGUUGAGCAUCUCCAGGCGACCAUCAACGAUAAUUCACGAUCUAACAUUCAUGUUUCGUUAGGUAAUCCUCCACCACUUUGCAUUGUUGGUUUAUAUUAUUCUUAAGUUGGUCAAAUCAUGUUAAUCACGAUCUAUUGAUUAUUUUAGACGUAACAGACGAUUUAAGUGUCGCAGAGUGAUUGUUUGUCAUUGAAAAAACACUUUGCACGUUCGAUAAUUAGUUAAACGUUUAUUCGUUUUUUUUUCAUUAACUAGACAUUAAUCGUUUCUACCUCGUUUUUUUUUAACUUUAUUAUUGUGAAAAUGAAUAAUGUCCUCACAUAACGAUUUGUGAUACAAUUUUGCUUAUUGAUUAUUUGUUUUUCUGCAUUCGUUUAUGGUUUGAAGACAGGGGAAAAAUUAUUUGCUCAGUUUACGAUGAAAAUAAUGAUUGUGAUAAAAUAGACAUACGAGUCGAGUUGGACUCGAGUUGGAUUCUUGAUAGUAUAUUUCUAAAUUUAAACUAGAUCUUUUUUUCUAUUGAGCAAUUGGUGAAGACAAGUUGUAAAGAAAUCACGGGAAAUCAUUCGAUUCAUUACUUAGGGCUUUAAUUAAUCAGGGGAAAGUAUCGAGUCUCUUUUGUACCGUUCAUGAUUUUUUAUCCCUUGAAAAUUUUAGUCUAGAGUCAUUAAAAUGUGAUCUCCAAGAACAAAGUCACAAGAUAGUUCACAGGUCAAGAGAUGUGAAGAUUAUUGAUAGGUGAAUUAACUGUAAUUUUCGUUAACUGUAACUUUUUCUACGUUUUUUUAUCGUUAACUGGGAAUAUUAUGUCACGAGUGGUUAUAAUGUAUAAUAUUGGGGGGAUUGAGGGGACGAUUAAGUGAAUAGAAGAUGAAAUGAGAGGCAGGAUAGAGUGAAAUCUUGUGAAGUUGAAGAUGUCCUAAACGUCCUUUUCACGUGCUAAAUGUGAAUUGGUCUCGGUAAAGAGGGAAUUUAGGAGAUGAUUGCUGAAUUACGUCUCAUCACUUCUCCUGAAUCAAUUCGUAGACCUUUCCCCCAUCGGAAAAAUCAAAUUAAUUAGUAAUUAACGGAUUAAUUCAUUAGCAUAUAGAUUCUCCGUUAGCAGAAGCAAUUGCUAGGUGCAAGUGUGCAAUCAACAAUUUGCAAGAAAAUUUUAAUGAUUUGAUUUCCAUAUGGAUUGCGGUUUUUCAAGUGUAAAAAAAAUCAUUCAACUGAUAUUCUGAUUUUUUGCCAUAACCGUAGGUGAUUAAUUUUGUAUGUAUAGAAUAAAAUAUCUUGAUUUAGUCUGUAUAAAGAAAACAUUUUUAAUUUUAUAAUAGUGUAAGUAAUGGUUAGGUUUAAAAAUGGUAAAUAAUGAUUCAACUCACGUAUGUAAUAUCAUCUAGAAAAGUGGCCUUAUCGCAUUGAAUCUAUAGCGUGCAUUAAUCAUUUUUUAAGACAAAUAGAGAUGAGGGAAAUUUUGAGGUCACGAAGGAGAGAAUUCACUUCUUUCGUCAAAAUCAUGAUGCAGGGGAAAUUAAUUUGUUGAUUAAUUUGUUGCUGGAUCAUUAAUGAUCAUUUCAGUUCAGCUAACGCGAUGAUGAUCCAAUGGGAAUGCUAUGCAUUUUUUUUUUGUCUAGGAAAGACAAAAAAAUAAAAGGAUUUGUUUUUAAUUUCGAAUGCUCGAUGAUGGUUGAGGGAGAGAAUUGUAGCGAACUGCAUUCAUCAAAAAGUGCAUAAAAUAAACCAUGUAAUAUUUUUUGUGUACAAUUCCUUGUUGAAAUAUAUUAUUUUUAUAAAAUAGAAA